UUCAAAUUUUAAAUCUUUAUAGUAAAUUCAUGUAUAAUACAUGUAUUUUGUCAUGGUACAUUCGUAUUUCGUACUAUAAAAUAUUCAAGUGUUACUCCAUUGUCUGUAUUCAAUGAUUUAAGUCAUUUAAGAAAAUAUAUAGAUGUUUAAAAAACUAUAUUUGUGAUUCAUAUACCGCGUUUAAUGUUUGCUGUUUUCUAGUGUUGCUGCCAAACCCAGACAUUAAUCAUGUUGUUAUUAUUAUUAUAUACCUAAUAAAUUCAAGAAUAUAAAUUAAUAUACAAAUUUUUAUUUUUUGCCGGUUAUAUCUUGAUUUUAUUUUUAAAAUUUGAAGCAACGUACCCACAUAUCUUAAACUGUGUCUUUUUCAAUCAGUUCUACAUAUGUCUAGAUUUAUUUCUCAUGAUGGGAUACAGUUUUGUGUCAAAUACAUUGAUCAGUUGGAUAUGUGUAUCAUGUAUUAGUUCUACAUUAACAUUAAUAUGGCUACAUUAUGGAAAGAAAAGAACUAAAAAUUUUACCAAAGUACUGUUCUAUGACCCUACUAUCAAAUCAACCAAUUGUAACUGUCAAUAUUCAUUUAAUAUUGACUGUUUAUCUCCAAAUUGUUCAAGCGUUAAAACCAAAGAAAUCAUUUUGUGUUUGCGAAAAGCAAAAAAGUCAAUGGAUAUAUGUGUAUUUGCUAUUUCUAAUAAGUCCAUUGCAAAUGAGAUUGUUGCUGCCCAUAAACAAGGAAUAUCAAUUAGGAUUAUAGUUAGUAAUUGCAUUUUAGUAAAGUCAAAUGAAAUUAAAAUGUUUAUGAAAAAUGGCAUUAAAUUAAAAUACCAAGAAAACUAUUCUAAUAGUUAUAUGCAUAAUAAAUUUGCUAUUAUCGACUCUACAUGGUUAAUUCAUGGUUCCAUGAAUUGGACACAUCAAGCUACUUAUGGCAAUUGGGAAAAUGUUAUAAUAACAGAUUUACCAAGUUUGAUAAUUCCAUUUUCCAUAGGUUUUGAAAAAAUAUGGCAAAGAAAUAUUUUUAUUCCAUAAGAUAUGCUUAUUUUGAAUAUUAAAUCCGAGUUUAAUGUAAAUAAAACAUACUUUUUAUACUUAAUGUAUUAAAGAAGUUAAGUUUUUUAGUUUUUAAUUUUUUUGUAGUCAUAUUCGAAAAAUUGUACUAUCAAAUUUAAACAAAGCA